AUGGCUGGAAGUGACUACAUCAUUAAAGAGAAGACAGUCCUGCUGCAGAAAAGAGACAGUGAAGGGUUCGGUUUUGUGCUGCGAGGGGCGAAAGUUGUGGAAUACGAAAGACCUGAUGAAAACAUUAAAGUUCUAACUUUGAACAAGGCCAACUUUGAAAGGGAUGGCGAGCCCUGUGCAAGGCUAAUUGGAAUACCCUAUUCACAGAAACAGGGGGAAGGUCUUUCGUCAAGAAAAAGCUGUAAAGAAUGUGAAGAGGCCAUUCAGUCGCUCACCUCAAUUCCACAGGAGCAGCAGAAAUGCCUUCGAUUUAACCCUGAUGCUUCGAUUUGGGUUGCCAAGCAACAGGUGCUGUGUACAUUAAACGAGAGCUUGAAAGACGUACUAAAUUAUGGCUUGUUUCAACCUGCAACGAAUGGACGCGAUGCUAAGUUCCUGAAUGAGGAGAAGCUGCUCCGAGAAUAUCCACAAUCCUUCGAGAAGGGAGUGCCUUAUCUGGAGUUUCGUUACAAAACGAGGGUUUAUAAACAGACAAACCUGGAUGAAAAGCAGCUGGGGAAACUGCACACCAAGGCCAGUCUGAAGAAAUUUUUCGAGUAUGUUCAACAUGGCUCAGUCGAUAAGAUGCUUAAACUCUUAGAUAAAGGGCUGGAUCCCAACUACCAUGAUGCAGAGACUGGGGAAGUACCAUUGACAUUGUCCGCACAGCUGGAGAAUUGUUCGGACGUGAUCCGCGUGCUGUGUCUGGGAGGGGCGCACAUCGAUUUCCGAGCACGAGAUGGUAUGACAGCUCUCCACAAGGCCGCCAUAACCAGGAACUACAAUGGAGUCUUGACGCUGCUGGAGUUAGGUGCCUCGCCGAAUUACAAGGAUCGCCGAGCAUUGACGCCUUUGUACCAUACGGCUAUCGCCGGAGGAGACACCAGCUGCUGUGAGCUGCUGCUCUACAACCGGGCGCAGAUUGGCUAUGCCGACGAGAACGGCUGGCAAGAGAUUCACCAGGCUUGCCAUCACGGUCAUGCUCAGCACCUGGAAAUUCUGUUGUUCUACGGAGCAGAAAUCAACAGCCUGAAUGCAUCGGGGAACACAGCGCUACAUCUCUGUGCUCUGUACAACAGGGUCGGUAUCUGAUGUGAGUUAUGUUGAAUGAGUUACUGUAUUCUUUUUAUGGGAUUAAUCAGUGUUUACUGCCUCCAGUUUCUCUGGCCCUGUUUUACCCCUGUCAUUACCAACCCCCCCCCUAC